GAGACGCAGCAGAGGGCGCGCAGCCGGAGGCCUUCCCCGGGGCGGCCUGUCCGCCUCGCUCGCUGCCGCGGCGCACGUGGCGCCCUGCGGGUGCCAGGAUGGCGCCGGAGGUGACGACUUCGGCGCGCGCCUACGAGCUGGCGCGGCUGCUGUGCGACGAGCGGGCGCUUCGGGUGCGGAAGGAGAAGGAACUCAACCUGCGCCGGGAGAAGCCGCCCCAGGCAGCGGGCGCCGAGCCG